AUGGAAGACCACGGCAUGACGCGCAUGCAGGAGCUCAUGAGCAGCUACUACGGACUGAAUGCAAAGGAAAGCAGACAGGAUCAAGAGCGGAAUAUCGACUCGACCGGAUUCGAUGCCAAGGUCUACGUUAAGGAGCUACUAAGCACCCGCAGACUCAAUGAUUUGCUCGCAAUGGACGACAAGUUGAUACGUGAGAUCAAAGAGCUGGACACUGACAUGCAGAUGCUCGUGUACGAGAACUACAGCAAGUUCCUUACCGCAACAGACACGAUCCGCAAGAUCAAGAACAAUGUAGCUACGAUGGAGGACGAAGUCGCGCGUGUGGUCAAGAGCAUGGACGUUAUCACGGCCAAGAGUGAGAGCAUCGACGUGGCCUUGGCACCGCAUCGAGCUGAGGUGGACAAACUUCUCGGCGUGCGGCGAUUGUUGAAGAAGUUUGAGUUUAUUUUUGAGCUGCCUCAGAAGCUCCACACGGCUGUGAAGCAAAAGGAGUACGCAAACGCUGUCAAGUAUUACCUGCUUGCACGCCGGGUUCUGGAGCGAUAUGAACACAUUUCGUCGUUCAAGACAAUCCGAAUCGAAACCGAGGAAGCGAUUCAGCUGCUUGAACGUCUGCUUAAGGAGCGAAUGCUUGACGCAACACUCGAGUCGGAAGAGCUUUGCGUUACCGUUGAGCUUCUGCAUCAACUGGGGGCCUGCAAUGAAGAGAUCCGCGACCAGUUUGUCGAAUGGCACCGAGUGUACUUUGUCCGUGUGGUAGCAGUGUUUAAGACUCAACGCAAGGCUGCUUCAGUGUUGGACUUCCUUCAACGAUUCAACGCAGACGUGCUAUCAAGAAUGGGUCGGGUGUUUGUAGUCUACAAGACCCACCUGAUGCCCGAGGCUAUUGCAAGCGAGACAUCGUUGUCUUCAGACACAGUUCGUGAUGACUUGUUUCUUCAAUUUGUGAAAGAGCUAUCUUCGCUCUAUCUGGGCGAAUGCAUUGUGCAAUUUUGCCGCCAGCACACAAAUUUCGGAUCGAGAGACGAACUCCUUGAUGCGCUGCACAACAACGAUCUCUCCUCCGACACUGCCAAAAGCGAGUACUUUGUUUUUUUGCGCGUGAUGAAGCACUUUGUCUCGCAAGUGGAGGAUGUGGAUAGAAGCAUUCCAAUGUGCGGACUAGCUCGGGAUGCUACUGAAAUCGUGGAAAGCUGCGUGCGCUUCCAGAUUGAAGCUGUGUUUCGGAGGCUACGCGAGGACACCCGGGAUCUCUUGGUUACUUCUUACGAAAAUGUUUGCAGUCUGGGGCGAAGCUCACGCGAAGAUGGACUGAGCGUUCGGCCAUUAGCGAAAGAGGCAGCGGGGACAUUUACGGACAUGAUGCAGAAAGUGUUGCAGCAAAUGGAGCUCAUAGUGCAAACGGGCUCUUCGAUUCUUCCCGAGUUGAGUCAGCUCUUCCGUGACUUAGUCCAGGGUCAAUUCUGCAUGUCCUUGAAGUGGUUCAACGUGUCAGUUCUCCAGUACGCGGAGCCCAAGCGUGCGUUUGCUCCACUAGACGGAACGUCUGAAAUUCGAUCUGAAGAACAAGACCCUGUGACGCUUCCAUGGUUGGACUCCACCCCGCAGUUCUUGCUGUUCCUGGCAUGUCUGUGCCAAGAGUUGUCAGCGAAAGGCAUUAGUGAGUGCGCUCAUGGUUUAAAUGAGCGCUUGUCAGCCCUUUUGCCUUCAUCGGACCUCCCCGAAAGUGGCCCGAUUAGCAGUCGCCGGGAACAGCAGUAUGACGCAACGCACAUGAUUGGAGUGACCCGUGAAUCUGCUGCGGAGCUACUGCGGCACGUCGCAAAGAUGUAUGGCAACCAGCUGUGCAUCAUCGUCUACAACGGAAUGGCUGCUACGUCGUGGUCUGACAUGGACGAGGAGCCAAGAACUGUGCAGGAAAUGAUGGCUGCAGUCGUAGAGACUACUUUUCGCUUUGGGAAGGAAGUCGCUGUGGCACUCGAUGACGAGCAAAGCGUGUUUACUGGAAACAAGAGUCACACACAUGGCCGUGACUUCCGCCGGCGUGCAAGUGUGCUUCGGUCUCGCAACGCAGGAGUCGCAGCAGCAUCGUCAGGGAUGCAGCUUAAUGUGGAUCGGGUGUUUGCGCGUAAAAUCCACACUUUUCCCUUUCAGCUGGACCUCACUGCAGAUGCAUUCGUUCAGGCCAUGCUGAAAAUGUGCAUCAAAGCCUUUAGUGAGUGGGUGAGGUUGUUGGAAUUGACCAAGUUUGGCUUGCAGCAAAUUCAACUGGACGCUGAAUUUCUGCGCAGCGCGCUGAUGCAUAUCGUGGUGGCCCGCAAAGCCGACGAGGAAAUCGAGGACCUUUUGUCGGACCUGCUGUCGAACGCACGCGCUCGAGCAGUCGAAGAUACGUUGAUGGACCAGGCUAGUGUCAGCGCCAUUGUUAGCUCCAAGAGCUCCCAAGUUUUGUCACGAUGGCGAUAA